GAGUAUAAGAAUACGAGGAAACUCACUAGACAUGGGGACCUUGGUCUGUUUUACAAACAGACUUGUGAUCUACAGACUCCAACUGCAUCAUAAAGCAUACCCCUCAGCCAUGGAAUCAGAGGAGGUGGUCCGGGGAAUGCUGUACCUGUCUCUCACUGUGGUUGGAGUUCCAGGAAACACUGCUGUCAUCGUGGCAUUUCUCCUGGCACUCUACCAGGAGCAUCAGCUUCUUCCUGCUGACGCCAUUGUGCUGCACCUGGCCUGUGCCAACCUGCUGGUGGUAAGCGUGCGCUGUCUGCUGGAGACCAUGGCCACCUUCCGCCUGGUCAACAUCUUCGGGGAUACGGGCUGCCAGGGGGUGAUCUUUGUCUACCGUACGUCUCGCUCCCUCUCCAUCUGGCUCACCUUUGUGCUGAGUGCCUACCAGUGCCUGAGCAUCGCUACUCCCGGCUCCCGCUGGGCCUCCAUCCGUGUCCUGGUGGCUCGCUACCUGGCAGUGAUCUUCCUCACCCUUUGGGUCAUCAAUACCUCCAUGAGCUCGGCAGCCAUAGCCUUCUCCCUGGGCUCCCGGAAUGACUCGGUCAACAUGCAGCACAGCAUUAAUGUUCAAUUCUGCUAUGUUCGCUUUCCUACUAUGCAGUCCAAACAGGUGAACGGGGCUGUCCAGGUAGGGAGGGACGUGGUACCUAUGGGCAUGAUGACCCUGGCCAGUCUGGUCAUCCUUUUGUUCCUGUACCGCUACAGCCAGCAGGUGAAGGGACUCCGCAGCAGCUCUGGGGCCAGCGGUGGGGCAGAGCAGCGGGCGGCUAAGGCUGUAGUGGCCUUGGUGACCCUGUAUGUGGUCCUCUAUGGGGUGGAUAAUGGACUGUGGGUAUACACCCUCACAGUGAGGAAGACCAUGAACUCCUCACUGAUCUCAGACCUGCGCAUAUUCUUCUCGUCGCUGUAUGCAGCGCUCAGCCCCCUGGUGAUCAUAGCCACCAACAGGAAGGUGAACAGCAGGCUGAGGUGUGUGGUGCAGGAGAGGCCCGUUCAGGACAAAGUCACUACACUAUCUACUGUGUGAGUUAGGGACUUAUUGUAGUAAGAUGGUAACAAAGAUGAAGAAUGUUGUUUAUAAAUUAAUUAUGUUGCUAUUAGAAUAUGGAGUAGAAAACACAUAGACCUAACAUUGUACGUUGUUAAAGGCGUGGCAAAAGUAUCUUGACCUCUUGUACUCACAUUUUUUCAGAAAACUUUUCUUCUGUUUAAUAUUGUUUAAUAUACUGUAUAAAGCUCAUGUUUGAGCUGUUUUGAUUAUUAUGUGGAAAAGUUGGUGGCAAGCUUGGAUUGAUGGAACUCAAAGGUCAUGAAACCAAUAUAUUGCUACAAAUGUGCCUAGAACAUGCCUACAAAUUUAAAAAUGAGCAUCACAAGUAGUGUUUGAGCCUUUUCUGUCAAAGUCCUAUUAGUGAAAUUGCCAUGAUAUUAAUCAUUCCAUAUUUGUCCUGUUAUCGCUUUGUUUGUUCAUUCAUUAUGCUCCUUCAUCCUAAUUGGAUGGAAACAUUAUAACUGGAUGACUAACAGCACACUAUAGCUGUCAAAUGACUUCCAGCAGUCUCUUUCAUUGUUAUUAACGAUUUGAAUGAGAUCUGUGAAGCGUCACACUGCUAAUGAAGGUAGUUAAUUGCCCCACAGAGACCCAGGUACAGUCGCAUGAGAAAACCAACUCUCUUUAGAACAAGAAAGAUUCACUCUGAAUAUAAAUAUCUGAUGUAAAUGUGAAAAGGAUGGUUUUAAUUUAUAGGUCAAAUAAUAAAGAUGAGACUACUAAGAUAAUAGUAUAUGAUUGGUUGACAUUAUAAAUGUAGACAUUUCCAUCAAAUUAGAUGUUAGAUUAAGUUGCAUGAGCUGUUAUACCCUUGAUUGACUGACUUGCUAGGGGUGAUAUUUGCCAUUUGCAUGUAGUUAUAUUCCACUUCCGGAAUACAAAGGCUGAGUAAAAUGGACUCGGAGGGGUGGGGUUAGGGGUGUCUGUAUGACAACUUCAAAACCUUGAUUUAUGUACAAAGAGUGAGUCAUGAGUGAUCAAAUUGCAA